AUGCCAGACGGGUCUUGGAAAUGUUGUGACUGCAGCCAGACCAACAACAGUGAGCUUUGUGGGACGGAUGAGAAGGGCAACAUGAAGUGUACAAACGGCUGUGGCCACGCGAGAUGCGAGAACUGUUCAGAUCCCUAA